AGGCCAGGUGUCCGAGGCACCGCGGUCCGGACUACGUCUAAGAACCACAGAACCACAUGUAUGCAUCAGGGAAUCUCAGUCCUUACGGCAAUGUGGAUACUGAGGGGACUAUUAAUCUCUUUUAAUACUGCACGAUUAGCUGAGUCAAAAUCACCCACUUGCAACCGUGCAAUAUGACAACUCCGAGAGCUUCAGCGAUUUCCAAGUUGCACCCGCAACCAGGUGCAGAUGAGACCACCCUCGCCAAGCUAGGAUACAAGCAGGAGUUUCACAGGGAAUUCACUCCGCUAGAGGUGGCUGGACUUGCAUUCAGCUUUGUUGGAGUGGUUCCUUCAAUAGUUUCUGUGCUCUUCUAUACAAUACCAAACGGUGGGCCUUUCGCGAUGGUUUGGGGUUGGGCAUUUGCUUGCCCCUUUAUCAUGUGCAUUGGGAUGGCGAUGGCAGAGCUCGCAUCAGCAGCACCUACUUCUGGCGGCCUAUACUAUUGGACUUACUCUCUCGCUUCUCCACGAUGCCGCAAUUUUCUGUCGUGGAUAGUUGGCUAUUCGAAUACCAUAGCGAUUAUCACAGGAGUUGCUUCCGUAAAUUGGGCUUGUACAAUUCAAAUCAUCGCAGCAAUCAGUAUCGCCUCCUCUGACCAGGCGCAUGCGACUACCAACCAGCAGCUCUAUGGUAUAUACGCAGCUUUGUUUUUGUCACAAGCUGUCAUCGUGAGCCUCGGUACCAAAGUUUUGGCAAGGUUGCAGAGACUAUUCACGUUGGUGAAUGCAUGCCUUUGCUUCAUAAUCAUCAUCGUGCUUCCGAUCGCGACGCCACCGGAUUAUCGGAACAGCGCAAAUUUUGCGCUACGGGAAUUCACCAACUUAGCCGGCUGGCCAUCCGGAUUCACAUUUAUUUUGAGCUUAAUGGGCCCUCUUUAUACAAUAGGAGGUUAUGAUACUAGCGUUCACAUGAGUGAGGAGGUCUCAAAUGCCGCUAUGGCAAUACCAUGGGCAAUAGUCAGUUCUAUUGCCGUAUCAGCUGUCCUUGGUUGCGGAGUCAACAUCUCCCUUGCCUUUUGCAUGGGCACUGACAUCGGCAGCGUCUUAAAUAGCCCUAUCGGCCAGCCUAUGGCACAAAUCUUAUACAAUUCGCUCGGGCAGCAAAAGGCCCUGGCUAUAUGGUGUCUCGUUAUUAUAGCGGAGUACAUGGUGGCAUCGAACUGCCUCCUGGUCGGCUCUCGUCAAACGUUUGCAUUCGCUCGUGAUGGAGCCAUCCCAUUUUCACGGUAUCUAUACCGGAUCAAUCGCUACACAGGAACACCCGUCAAUACAGUUUGGUUCGACACCAUCUGCGCUCUGGCAAUUGGACUUUUGUCAUUCGUAAGUACCGAAGCCAUCGAUGCGGUAUUCACAAUUUCUGUCACCGCAUCGUACAUCGCAUACAUAACGCCGAUCACAACCCGCUUUGCGUUCAAGAAUGAUUUUAAACCCGGUCCAUUUCAUCUGGGGAAACUGAGCUUUCCAGUCGCUGCGAUCGCCGUGAUAUGGAUGGCCUUCAUGAUGCUUGUUUUCUUCUUUCCCACAACCCCGCAAACGACGACACAACAGAUGAACUAUACGGUUGUGGUACUUGGAGGGUUCAUGUUUUUGGCGAUUUUCUGGUAUUAUUGUCCGGUUUACGGAGGCGUGCAUUGGUUUACCGGACCCAUAUCCAACGUCAUCAGAGGUGAAAACAGAUAUGAAGAUUCGAUAUUGGAGAAGAAGGAACAACAUCAUCAUGAUGCAGAUAUCUCUGUUCAACCGGUGGAUGUAUAGGUAGUGUUCGUAUACCAUCGUGAAAUCAUCUGUAUGCCAAAAUGUAAUCGUCGUGUCGUAUCAGUGCCUUAGUAGUUAACAAUAGAUCCAACUGAAGCUGCAUUAUUGGCAAGUCGGGUCAAAUUUCCAGCCA